AUGUUGACCCGCCAAAUCCUAGGGAUCAACGUCUCUAGACGUGCCUUCUCGUCUUUCCCUCGUGCAUUAAACAAGGGUAAAGGUUUCCUUCUGCCAAAGGAGUUCGAGGAGAAGGAGGCCAUCAGAAAGGCCCAGGAUGAACAGUUCAGACAGAACUUGUUGGACAAGCAGUACUCAGCCGAGCCAAAGAUCAAACUGAUGGAAGAUGUCCCACUUAAUGUCGAACUUUUGCAAUAUAAGCCCUUGAGACUUCCGCCCACACAUGGCCACCAGGUCGCCAAACUCAAAUUCAGAGGUUUCAACGAGGAAAACUUGACCAGAGCGUCAGAGUUCGCCGCCAGAGCAGCAUUCUACUUGGGAAUUCCAUGUUCCCGUGUGAAGAAGGUGAAGACGGAACGCAGAUUGUAUACUGUGAUCAAGUCGCCAUUCGCUCACGCCAAGACGAAGCAGAACUUCUUGAGAAUCACAUACAACCAACACUUGACUGCCUACGAUGCCAACCCAGAAGUGCUUGACUUGUGGCUUUCAUACAUAAAUAAGCACUCUUUAGAAGAUGUCAAGUGUCUGGCUGAGAUCACCACCCGCGAGGGUCUCGACUUUGCCAGCACCUUGGAGAACUUGAUGGGUUCUGACGCAAAGCUCCCUCAAGCCUACGAGGACACUUCAGAUCCAAUCGCACAGAAGGUGAAGGAGUUGUUGCAAAGCAAAGACUUCCAAAAGCACCUCUAA